GCCGGAACCCCGGAUCCAGUCUUGUUCGGGACACCAAUGCGGCGGCGUUUCGUGCGUUCGGUACAAAUAUCUCGUCGUACGCAGAUAUUUCACUUAGCCGGAUAAAAAAAUAUUAACGUCACCGUAGUUUUUACUAUACACACAUCACGGAGAGAAUAUAUCGUCCUACGAUUUCUGUCGCGAUUGGUGUUAUGCUAACUCUAGUAUAAUAAUUGAGAAUAAUAAUACAAUUUUUUUUUUUUUGUCAACAUUACCUAAAAAUAUACCUCCCGCGAGUGUACCGUUCUAUAUUUUAUAUAUAUUAUAUCCUUUUUUUUUUGUGCGUUUUUGUUAAUGCAAUAUCACGCUGUUUGUUUAUUGUUUCAAUAUAAUAUCAUAAACCUAUACAAAUAAGACAUUAUUCACUAGUUUCGUUUUUCGAUGUUCGUCUGUUUUACAAACGUUUCUUACUGCACGGUUACGAAAAUAUGACGGUUACCAAUUACGGCAUGAUGAGGCCCUGUUUUACCGGAUACCCAUUUCAAGGCCAGGGCCGGGUGAACCAGUUAGGCGGCGUGUUUAUCAACGGCAGGCCUUUGCCCAACCACAUCCGACUGAAGAUCGUCGAGAUGGCCGCGGCCGGCGUACGACCAUGCGUCAUAUCCAGACAAUUGCGUGUGUCACAUGGAUGCGUGUCGAAGAUCCUGAACCGCUACCAAGAGACAGGCAGUAUCCGGCCGGGCGUGAUCGGCGGAAGCAAGCCUAGGGUAGCCACGCCGGACGUGGAGCGUCGCAUUGAGGAGUAUAAGACGGAAAAUCCCGGAAUUUUCAGCUGGGAAAUACGCGACAGAAAUGACAAUGAGCCCGCCCAAUAUCACGAUAAUAAAAGAUUGAUUAGAGAGGGAUUGUGUGACCGAGGAAGCGCGCCGUCUAUCAGUGCAAUAUCGAGGCUUUUAAGAGGCCACGAUGGUGAUGAUUCGGCUUCGGAGAAAAAAGUUAGCGACGGUAAAACUUCAGACGGUUCGGAUUGCGAUUCGGAACCGGGUAUACCGUUAAAACGCAAACAGCGCCGCAGCAGGACCACGUUUACUGCGCUUCAGCUAGACGAGCUGGAAAAAGCGUUCGAACGUACCCAGUACCCGGACAUUUACACUAGAGAAGAAUUAGCCCAGCGCACCAAACUGACCGAAGCAAGAAUACAGGUGUGGUUCAGUAAUCGGCGCGCGAGACUGAGAAAACAAAUGUCUAGCAACACAGGAAGUUCGACUCCAGGUUCCGGUAGCUACGGCAUGGGAUUGGCCCUCGGGUAUUCUCCAUCCGCUCAACAGCAACAGAAUCAACAGCAACAAUCGUCGGGCCCGAACUCGUCAUCCACGCCCGCUUACAUAAUGUCGCCGCAACAGUUGCAUGAACCGUACAACUCGACGCCGGACGGAUACAAAGAAACUGACGACCAUCAUCAUCAGCAGCAACAGCAGCAACAACAACAACAACAACAACAGCAACAGCAAAUGAUCAAGGACGAACAUCAGCAAAACAGUAUGAUGUACAGCGGCCUAGGUGCCACAUCAUUGAUCGAUCACGAUAACAGGCCUCAUAGCAACAUCAGCACAGAAGCAGCAACGGCCACGUCGUACAUAGGAAUUGCGGGUGGUACGUACCCGACCACGCCACUCUACACGUCCUCAUCAUCACUGCUCACUUCUCAGCUAAUUUUGUAUCUUGUAAGCAGAUGUCACGUUGUCGACGGUCUUCCUGCGUUCAAUGAUAUUUUUUGUCUAUAA